AUGAUUAACAAUCGUGCUUACGCUAUAAUUCCUCCACCUCCGCUGAAGUUUACAUUAGACGAAUGGCAUCUUAACAAUCGUCAUAGGUAUCGAUGUUCCGAGGCUCAACAAGAAUUAGCCGAUCGACUUUUAACCGAGUCUCAACGAGUCUGCGAAUUGAGUACUGAGAGAGCUAAAGGCAACAAAGAGGAGACAGACCACAGAUUGAAGGAAAAGCUCGAGGACAUUGAGUUCCGUAAAAAGGAACUGUUGCGUAUAAGGAAGGAAGUUCUUCUUGAAACCGAUGCUCUAUUGACGUACAAGGAACGCAUCAUGGAUGCGUUGUCCUCCGUUAGGAGGAACGCUCUUGUUAUUUGCGAGAAAUGUCUCAUGUUCAGGGAGCAUAGGUUAGGAAUCGAUCUAGUUCGCGACGACGUCGAAAGGGAAUUGUUGAAAGAAUGCGAGGUAAUCAAAGGCGCCGAAAAUCUGCUGGUUCGAACUCUGGAGCAAACCCAAGAGCAGAUUCGUAGGCUAAAAGCAACCCUCUACUAUAUGGAUCACGAUCUCGAGGAUAAGGAGAACAACUUACGCAUCGACAAGCGUAAUUUGUCUCUAAAAGAAACCAGCUUGAAUUUAAGCAUAUAUCAUGGUGUUUCACGGCUCGAUGCGUCGACGAUAGAAUUGAACGAAUGGGAGAUGCAAACAAACGAGAACAUUGUCGCCGCAUCGAAGGAGAUAAAUAGCGCCAGGCCAAUGCGCUGUUACAUCGACACAAUAAUUAAACAGGCGAUCGACGAUUUGAACGAACAGAAGAACGCCACUGACGGGGCAUUCAAACGGCGUAUCGAGGAGACGAAGGAGGCAAAAACGAAAUUAGAGUUACAACACUCCGAGAUAAUGCGACAAGCGAACGAAAUGACACAAAAUGUCACCCGUAUAGAGAAAGCAAUCGCUGAGAAAGAAUGCUACUUGGCUUUAUCGCAUACGAGACUCGGUAAUCGAUGUCAAAGACCCGGUCUAGAGCUCACGCGAGAUCUAGUGGAAACUCAACUGGUCAAAGAAGUGUACGAACUUCGCGAGGUCGUGUCGAAACUACAAGCAACUAUGUUCGAGGCUCAGGCCUCAUUGCGUUACUUACUGAAAACGCAAAUCCAAAUUGAGGAGGAUAUCAACAUUAAAACGAAUACUUUAAAGAUCGACGAGGUCGAUUGUAUGACUCUCCGUCAGAGUAUGGAUUAUCAUGCAUAUUGA